AUGCCGCGCGCGCCCCGCUGCAGGGCUGUCCGCAACCUGCUGCGCAGCCGCUAUCGCGAGGUGCUGCCACUAGCGACGUUCGUGAGGCGCCUGGGGCCCGCGGGCCGGCGGCUCGUGCAGCGUGGGGACCCGGUGGCCUUCCGCUCGCUUGUGGCCCAGUGCCUGGUGUGCGUGCCCUGGGGCGCGCGGCCGCCGCCUUCUGGCACCUCCUUCCACCAAGUGUCCUGCCUGAAGGAGCUGGUGGCCAGGGUAGUGCAGAGGCUCUGUGAGCGCGGCUCCAGGAACGUGCUGGCCUUCGGCUUCGCGCUGCUGGACGGAGCCCGCGGCGGGCCGCCCGUGGCCUUCACUACCAGUGUGCGCAGCUACCUGCCCAACACGGUGACCGAGACGCUGCGCGGGAGUGGCGCAUGGGGGCUGCUGCUGCGCCGCGUUGGGGACGACGUGUUGGUUUACCUGCUGGCGCACUGCGCGCUCUACCUGCUGGUGCCUCCGAGCUGCGCUUACCAGGUGUGUGGGCCGCCUCUGUAUGAGCUCUGUGCCUCCACCGAGGCCAAGCCUGCCGCGUCCCCCAGACAUCGACCCAUGCGUCGCGCGGGCGAGACACGAAGGGGGCCAGGAUCUACACGCCACUCCUGGAACCGCAGUGACGGGGAGGCCAGCGUAGCUUUGGACCUGCCAGACCGUGGUGCGAGGCGGCGUCCGGGCAGCGCUGGUGGAAGUCCUCCUUCAGCCAAGAGACCUAGGUGUGAACCGGCCUGUGAGCUGGGACCAGGACGUGAGGGGCAGGCCACCCAGGCCUAUCCAGGCAGUGUGCAUGGGCCGAGUGACCGCAAUCCCCGUGCUGUGGCACCCACCAGAGCCACCAUAGAAGCCACGUCUUCCAUUAGUGAUAGGUCUGAGAUGUGUCGCUCCUAUCCAUCAGUGGGCCGCGCGUGCCAGAUGGGCCUUACGGCCACACCGCAGUCACCGCAGCUUCCAAGUGUGCCUCAUUUCGGAAUGUACGCAGAGACCAGCCACUUCCUCUACUGCUCUGGUGACAAGGAGCGGCUGCGCCCCUCCUUCCUGCUCAGCUCCCUGCGGCCCAGCCUGGCCGGUGCCAGGAAACUCAUAGAGCACAUCUUCCUAGGCCCAACACCGCGGCGGGCAGGAUUGUCCCGCAGGCGGCAUCGUCUCCCACAGCGCUACUGGAAUAUGCGGCCCCUGUUUCGCGAGCUGCUUGGAAACCAUGCACGGUGCCCCUACGGCGCGCUCCUCAGGACACACUGCCCGCUGCGGGCUGUGGCCACCACUGCUGCAGGUGUCUGUGCCACCGAGGAGGAUGCAGACCAGAGGUACCUGGUGCGGCUGCUCCGCCAUCACAGCAGCCCCUGGCAGGUGUAUACAUUCCUGCGCGCCUGCCUGCGCCGCGUGGUACCCGCCCGCCUCUGGGGCUCCAGGCACAAUGAACGCAGGUUCUUGAGAAACGCGAAGAAGUUUGUUUCCCUGGGGAAGCACGCCAGGCUCUCCCGGCAGGAGCUCACCUGGAGGAUGAAAGUUCAGGACUGUGCCUGGCUGCGCAAGAGCCCAGGGGGCUGCUGCGUUCCAGCCGCCGAGCACCGUCUGAGGGAGGGAGUCCUGGCCACACUCCUUCUCUGGCUGAUGGGUGUGUACGUGGUGGAGCUGCUCAGGUCGUUCUUCUACGUCACGGAGACCACGUUUCAGAAGAACAGGCUCCUCUUCUACCGGAAGAGCAUCUGGAGCCAGUUGCAGAGCAUCGGGGUCAGGCAGCACCAGGAGAGGGUAAAGCUGCGCGAGCUGUCAGGAGCAGAGCUCAGGCAGCGUCGGGAAGCCAGGCCAGCCCUGCCCGCAUCCAAACUGCGCUUCAUCCCCAAGCCCAGUGGGCUGCGGCCAAUCGUGAAUAUGGAUUACAUCGUGGGCACCAGAACAUCCCGCAGAGAGACAAGGGCUCAGCGCUUCAGCACCAGCAUCAAGACCUUGUUCAGUGUGUUGAACUAUGAGCGGACGCGGCGCCCUGGCCUCCUGGGGGCCUCCGUGUUGGGCCUAGACGAUAUCUACAGGGCUUGGCGGGCCUUCGCACUGCGUAUGCGGGCCCAGGAUGUGGCGCCUGCACUGUAUUUUGUCAAGGUGGACGUGACGGGGGCCUAUGACACCAUCCCCCAGGCCAGGCUCGUGGAGGUGAUUGCCAGCGUCAUCAAGCCACAGGAGAACACCUACUGUGUGCGCCGGUACGCUGUGGUCCGGAGGACUGCCCACGGACAUGUCCGCAAGUCCUUUAAGACACAUGUCUCCACUGUUGAGGACCUCAAGCCAUACCUGCGACAGUUUGUGGAGCACCUGCAGGCGACCAGCUCACUGAGGGACGCCGUGGUCAUUGAGCAGAGCUCCUCGAUGAACGAGGCAGGCAGCAGCCUCUUUGACCUCUUCCUGCUCUUGGUGAGGAACAGCGUCGUCAGGGUCGGGCGCAGGUACUUCGCCCAGUGUCAGGGCAUCCCACAGGGCUCUGUGCUGUCCACGCUCCUCUGCAGCCUGUGCUACGGUGAUAUGGAGAACAAGCUGUUCCCCGGGCUGCGGCGAGAUGGGCUGCUGCUGCGCUUGGUUGAUGAUUUCCUGCUGGUGACUCCGCACCUGACCCAGGCAAAAGCCUUCCUCAAGACCCUGGUCAGGGGUGUCCCCGAGUAUGGCUGCGUGGUGAACUUGCAGAAGACUGUGGUCAACUUUCCUGUGGAUGACGACAGCCUGAGUGGCGCGGCCUUUGUCCAGCUGCCAGCCCACUGCCUGUUCCCCUGGUGUGGCUUGCUGCUGGACACCCAGACCCUGGAGGUAUUUGGUGACUACUCCAGUUAUGCCCGGACCUCCGUCAGAGCCAGCCUCACCUUCAGUCCCGGCUUCAAGGCUGGCAGGAGCAUGCGUCACAAACUGUUUAGGGUCCUACGGCUGAAGUGUCACAGCCUCUUUCUGGACUUGCAGGUGAACAGUCUCCAGACAGUUUGCAUAAACAUGUACAAGAUCCUCCUGCUUCAGGCCCACAGGUUCCACGCCUGUGUGCUCCAGCUGCCAUUCAGCCAGCAAGUCCGGAAAAACCCUGCAUUUUUCCUGCGGAUCAUCUCUGACACAGCCUCUUGCUGCUACUCCAUCCUGAAAGCCAAGAACGCAGGGAUGUCACUGGGGGCCAAGGGCGCCUCUGGCCUGCUUCCCUCCGAGGCUGUGCAGUGGCUCUGCCAACAAGCCUUCCUGCGCAAACUGGCUCGUCACCGCAUCACCUAUAAGUGUCUCCUGGGGGCUCUCAGGACAGCCCAGGAGCAAGUGCAGUGGAAACUCCCUGAGGCCACUCUGGCCACCCUGGAAGCUACAGCUGACCCAGCCCUGACCAUGGACUUCACAACCAUCUUGGACUGACAGCCCCACCCCACACUGGCACGAGAGGACAGCGCCAGCAGCUGCCACUCCCGGCUCUGUGCCCAGGGCGGGGCUGCUCACACCCCAGAGGGCACCCUGGGAGGUUCUGACCACUCUCCUCCACCGAGGACUGUGCUGUGAAAGGGAGGGGGGCUUGUGCUGAGGUCCUCCUUCCCAUGAGGACCCAGCCCCUCCCUGCUGUCCUUGGGAACAGCCUAACAGCUGAGACAGAGCAGUGGGGGUUGGGGUUCGUGUUUCAGCCUUUGUUGGCCAGGAGGGGCAGACGAGGACCUUGGCUCUGAGCACCUUGGCUCUGAGCACGGGGCCUGCCCCCAGGAGGGGGUCCACCUGAGCCGCAGUGUCAAAACCUGUCGCCCUCACCCUCAGGUGGUCUUGGGAAACUUUCCUGCCUUUGCACCAGCCAUGCUGCCAGGACUGGUGCCGUGCAGGGCAUAGCUCCUUCCUGUGGCCACACUCACCCAGAAGCAGCACCCACCCCCACCUGCCACCACUCAAGCUGUGCCCAAAGUCCACUCCUAAUGGAAAUUUCCCUGAAAGCAGAGGCCAUGUCCACACCAGCCCCUGGAUACGCCCUGCCCUGUGGCCACUCAUAUCCCUUCUUUUUCCAGUUGGGUGAACCCAGUCACCCCAGCGGCCGCUGCUGCAGCACUGCCAGCCCCUGGCCUGGGCUCAGCUGGUCCCAGCACCCGCACCUCACUGGGGACCCCAACACAUAUCUCUGUCCUCCCAUAACCCCCCAUCAGACCUGCUGGUGUCCCCCCAUCUCCUUCAGCACUGCUCCACGACCUAAGUGAAGACAAUGAUCAGGACCCUAGAGGCUCUGGGGCUGUGGAGGUAACCUGGCUCCCCUGCUCAGUGGGAUCCUGUACUGGCAGAGGCUCUGGGUGAGCCCAGGGACCUGCAGCCCAGGGAAGGGUGUGGCACCUCCGGGUCCUUCAGUCUCAGACAGGGCCGCCUGUUAGAGCCCUAAGUGCACCAAAAGCAUCUUCAUGCAUUUAUGGAAUUGGGUGUGUGAGUGAGGUGCAGCCUGGCUGGGAUCCAGGGUGUUUUCCAGUGAUGUGAGGCACUGGGGAGGUGGGCAGGGGCCCUGAAGGCAGUGAGUCCAGGACUGGAAACAAAGGGCCAGGGCCAACAGGUGCUUAUCACUACAGACCCGGCAGGCUGGGGCAAAACCAACCUUUACAAAAUCUGGGAUUCCUCCUAUAAGCACUCAGUCCAGGUCAGAAGUCAAGUUUCUCUGGCAGCUACUUUGAGUGGACUACAUGAUUUUGAUCUUUAUGGAGAGUUCUGACUGGUGGGGCAGCAGAGGGCCAUGGAAACAACAGGGCUUCUGGGGCAACAAGCCCACCACCCAGUUUGUUCUGUCCUGCCCUCCGGACCAUGGUGGUCACCAGGCAUACCAUAGAGCUGGACAAACAUCCUUCAACAGACAGAGCCAGAAGGACCAGAAACAGGAGGGGUGGCCCAUAAUUUAUGGGCUUGGGCAGUAUGAAGCCUGACUGAGCCAACCACUGAGACACAUAAGUGCACAAUUCUGGGGACGCUGAACAUGUCCUUGAGUGGCUCAGUUGUGGCCUGGGUCCCAGGAGUGUGCUAGGGAUGGGACUCACUGCCCCCGCAGCCCAUGUACACCCUGUGCCUGGGUAGGGGUAUCAAUUUCUUUGCUGUUGCUAUCCAAGGGACUGAGGCUGCUAGGUUUAUGGCAGGCCUAAGUCCAUAGGUGCUAAGGCAGCUGUGAGGAGGGGCCUGCUGUGGACAUUGGGUAAAGGACACUCGGCCAAAGGCUAGGGCAGGGCGCCAAGGAGCAGCAUACGCUGAGCUUGCUGCCUGGUGCAGUUGGACCCGCCCCUGGCCUGGGCCUACUGUCUACAAGCCCCAGAGUCCUGUGUCUCCGGUGUGUCUUGUGGCAGUUUUAUUGAAUAUCACUUGUAUUUUUACUGAAGUAUUGAGCCCUUGAAAAAGGUAUAUGCUUUGAUGUGGCCUAACUCACAAACUCUCCAAAACCA